GACAGAAAUUUAUGAAUCAAAACAACAACAUUCGAUUUUGAUCUGAAAUUUUUGGAACUUUCCAAUCCGGCAAUAAAAAUCUAACACCAUGAGCGCACUCGUCUUGUUCCGCUCCGUUCGCCGGAUCACACCUCAGCUGUGGACACGCUCUUCAUCCUGCUUGACCAGCCGACUUCAAGUCCCAACUCAACCUCACACCGUUCCCGAAUGCUCGCCCCUGCACCGGCAAGUCACCAUCACCAACCUCCGUUCCGUCACGACCAACCCGAACGACUUCAUCGCCGCGUCCCUCAUCGAUUCCGUAACGUUCGAGGCGGUCUGCUCGGACACGCUCGAAUCGCUGUGCGACUACUUCGAGCAGCUGGUCGAGGAGACGAGCUUCCUGAAGGCGGCCGACGUGACGUACGGGGACGGCGUCCUCACGGUGAACCUGGGCCAACCGUACGGGACGUACGUGAUCAAUCGGCAGUCGCCGAACCGGCAGAUUUGGCUCAGCUCGCCCACGAGUGGGCCCAAGCGGUACGACUUUGUUCCGGACAAGUCCACGGUGAACGAGGGCUGCUGGGUGUACAAGCACGAUGGGGUGUCGCUGCACGAGCUGUUGCAGGAGGAGAUGGGCGCGAUUACGAAGGGCGAGGUGCAGUUUUUGGAGCUGCCGCACAGUAGGAGGAAGUAGGAGUUGAGCUGGGGUGGGACGGAACUAGUACUUUUAGGUAGGACAACAGGGAAUCCAAACGAAUGUUAAUAAAUUGAUUGAAGCGCUUUAUUUGAGA